AUGAAACGCCGUGUAACGGUGCAUUUCGGAGAUGUACGUGUGGUAGUGCCAUGUCAGAACGAAAAUACAACCGUUGCUGAAUUGGCUGAAGCAGCUAUCGUCAGGUAUAAGAAGGCCACAGGGAAGGUACGAAUCAGGCUUUUGACUCAUUCUUGUUUUUUAUGUCUUCUUUUUCUUUUUGAAGGCUGUUUAAUAACCAAGAGUGUUGGUUGGUUGGCAUUAUUGUGUGGUACUGAAAAGAUUUGUAAAAAUCUACUUUUAAUGUAA